AUGCUUCGCAACGAGAUCGUGCCACGUGUGCUACUGAGGUCGACCACUGACCUGAUCGAGGAGGUGUUUGACGUACCGAGGACCCACUUCGAGCUGUUGUGGCACCGUGCUGGCAUGUCGGGAGUAGCGCAAGACGCUCAAGGAUCGCAUCUAGUCUGCUUUCGAAAAGAUUUGAGGGUCUGUAAGGGCAAGGCCAAAAACGUGCCGACUGUGAGCUGGAUUGAGGGUGUUGCGCAACAUGUGGGUCAAAACGGCAGUUGAACUCGCGAUUCAGUGAGAUUUUUACCUCCCAGCCGAGGAUACUGAACAGCUGUCCCUCUUCAUAUGGCCUCGCAGUGCCAUGCUCACGACAAGCGACCGCACGAAUUCAGACUCUCUGCCGCGGUGGCUCAGCGCCCCUACCGGAUUGGGGUGCACGACGAGCUUAACGACUACGACGAGUACACUGAUGCGAAAGACCUGCCCUCGAUAACGACCACUUUCUUGACCUGCGCAAGAGAUGCCCCCUCACCACCCUCUGGUGCCAAGUUCUGGAACCGAGUCAUGGUCAUGCUCGCGGUCGGUCGCUCGCCGCGGCUUGCUUCGCCGUACGACGCGGGUGACGAGGUGCAUGCGCCUGAGCUGGUCAGGCUAGUGUUUGAUCUCGUCGAACACGUACUUGCACAACCGAGUCGGCUGUAUGCACCCGGUUUGGCGAUCAACGAGAACGUUGCGUACUUGGUCGUGCUCGACCACGAGACGUGUCGAGUCGCCACCAUCUCGGACUGCUGGCAGACGGGCUUCGGCGAGCUAGCAGCGGUGCUCUCGGUCCUGCUCGACCUCGACGUCUACGCGGCUGGAUUCCCUUCCUUCCUCCGCUACAAGUGCUUGCCUUCGAGUGGAAUCACGGCAGUGUCACUGCUCACGUCAGUUUUUGACUCAUCGGCGGGGCGCACCGUCCAGUUCGAGGAGGAGGAGCCGAUCGCACUCUUGUCCGGCCCGGCCGGGAAACGGGGCUCGGUCUUCUCCCGGAGCACGGCGGUCUUUCAUCUCACACGUCCCAGUUUGCAAUGGGAAAGUGGGGGUCCUGGAGAUUCGUUGGGAUCUUCGUUCGUAUUCAAGAUGAAGUUCGUCAGCCCAAGCACUGCGAAGGUUGAGCUCGACAUGCUCGAACAGAUCACCCAGGCGCUCGACGGGGGUACACUGCCGCCGACUGUCGCGAAGCAUCUCGCUCUACUCGAGCUCGCGGCCUCGCUUUCGCAGUAUCAGUCGCAGGUUGAGGAUGCUCGUAUUCCUCCUCCACCUCCUGCGCCCGAAGACUUUUUCCAGCUGGUAUGGCCACCCCCACGUGGAUUGUUCCGACGUACGCUCGAGCUGCUCGUGCUGCGCAAUCCGACGCCCUUACCCGCGCCGCUCGUGGAUACGGCGCUACCCGAUGAGGCACCAACACUCUCGCUCUCGAUCAGACACAGUGUACAGGUCUUCGACCAACUGCUCGCCGUUUUAGCGACGUUGGCCGAACACCAGUGCUAUCAUCGUGAUAUAUCGGUGGGUCACAUUCUGCACUACCAAGGGCAUCUCGUGCUGGUCGACUGGAGUGCAGGGAUUGUGGCACGCCUUUCGGCGUCAGAGUCGGUGUCGGUGGGCGCCGAAGAAGCCGGAUUCCUGAGAGGAUCACCUGACUCGGCUCCACUGGACUGGCUCAAUUGGAACGGCAGCCGGCUCAAUUGGAACACCGACCCCGAACUGCGACCUCCGCCGCGCUUCAAGCUUGGGCAUGUGCUCGAGUCCACGAUCUACUGCUUCCUCAACGUCUUGGCCUACCGCAUUGCGCCGCAGGAGGACAUAUGGCGCUUUCUGCGCCAUCAGCACCAGCCAGACGAAGUUGAGCAUCCAACCGACUACUGGCAUCUACGAGGCGUCAUCUGGAAGUGCGGCCCUUCAGAGGUGUUUUUCCGGUUUGAGAAACGAGACGAGCUCCUGGCAGCGAUCCGCAGCGAAGAUGCCGAACUUGGAGAGCUCGUUGACGAUGUGACGAACGAAUGGCCACUGUGGGUGACAGAUGACGAUGGUACUAAGGCAUUAUGGGCAGCGGUGCAAGCCAAACUUUACUACCUCUCUUUGCUAUGA